GGCAGCUGCAGCCACCCUGCCUGGCCUCUGCAGGUCUAGGUUCUAGAAACAGUAGCCAGCCUGGCUAGGGAGGGUGCUGGGCAGAAGCUGGAGAGCUGAGCUAGCCUGGAGGUGGAGGGAGGAAGUGCCUAGAAGGGCGAUGACAUCACGACCCAGCCCUUGAAAGAUGAGCUGUUCCCGCUGCCACUCCAGCUCUGCUCCGGAGGCUCCUCGGAGGACAGGGAUCCUCAGGCAGCCUUGCUGGACCAGGGAGCCGCGGAGGUGCCCUCGAUUAUGCUCCGGACAAGGGAGGCCCUCACUCACCUCCCCCUCUGAGUCCCAAUGUUCUCGGCCUGGAAGAGACCAAUGUUCCCAUCUAUUCAUGAGGACACGGUGCCCACCACUGCGUCCUUCGGCGCCAAAAUGUUCAACCUCACCUCCCAGGUCCUUGAACCUGCUCUCAACGGGACCCUGCCCGAGAGCAGCAGCUGCUUCCAGUCCGACUGGUGGAACUGGCUCAACACCAUCCAGCCCCCCUUCCUCUGGAUCCUCUUCCUACUGGCCACUCUGGAGAACACCUUUGUCCUCAGCGUCUUCUGCCUGCACAAGAGCAGCUGCACGGUGGCGGAGAUCUACCUGGGCAACCUGGCCGUGGCAGACCUGAUCCUGGCCUUCGGGCUGCCCUUCUGGGCCAUCACCAUCGCCAACAACUUCGACUGGCUCUUCGGGGAAGCCCUCUGCCGCGUGGUGAACACCAUGCUCUACAUGAACUUCUACAGCAGCAUCUGCUUCCUCAUGCUGGUGAGCAUCGACCGCUACCUGGCCCUGGUGAAGACCAUGUCCAUGGGCCGGAUGCGCGGGGUGCGCUGGGCCAAGCUCUACAGCCUGGUGAUCUGGGGCUGCGCGCUGCUUCUGAGCUCGCCCAUGCUGGCCUUCCGCACCAUGCAGGAGUACGACGCCGAGGGCCACAACGUCACGGCCUGCGUCAUCAUGUACCCGUCCCGCACCUGGGAGGUCUUCACCAACAUCCUCCUGAACUCGGUGGGCUUCCUGCUGCCCUUGAGCGUCAUCACCUUCUGCACCGUGCAGAUCAUGCAGGUGCUGCGUAACAACGAGAUGCAGAAGUUCAAGGAGAUCCAGACGGAGAGGAAGGCCACGCUGCUGGUCCUGGCCGUCCUGCUGCUGUUCGUGGUCUGCUGGCUGCCCUUCCAGAUCAGCACCUUCCUGGACACGCUGCUGCGCCUCCAGGUCCUCUCCGGCUGCUGGAACGAGUACGUGAUCGACGUCUUCACGCAGAUCUCGUCCUUCGUGGCUUACAGCAACAGCUGCCUCAACCCACUGGUGUACGUGAUCGUGGGCAAGCGCUUCCGCAAGAAGUCGCGGGAGGUGUACACGCGGCUGUGCCGGCCCGGCGGCUGCGGGUCCCCGGAGCCCAGCCAGACGGAGAACUCCAUGGGCACGCUGCGGACCUCCAUCUCCGUGGAACGCCACAUUCACAAACUGUCGUAGCGGGUGGGGAGCAGCCAGCGAGCAGAUGGCACCCGGGGCUACUGAUGGGUGUGACGACGGGUGGACGGCGGCUCUGGGGAUGCGCCCCCAGGAGGAAGGAAGGCAGCCCAACUGUGACCUUGGGCGGUGAGUGAGUCGGUGUCUCCAGUAAAUUCCUGCCCCGCCCAAGCUGUGGCGAACAGGGCUGCGAGGUUGGAGUGAUCUGGUGCACAGCCAAGGGCCCCAGAAAUACGACAGUAUUAUCCUUCUUACUGGCUGCCACCCCUGGGUCUGCUGCUUCCUGAGGAGCGGAGGAGCCUGGGGACAGGGACAGGAGUGGCCGAGCUCCCCUCCCACGUGGUGUGUCACUCUGCCGGAGCAUGACCGCUCAGAUCUCCAGAAACGCCGCCCUGCUUUGGGGCAGCCGCCGAGAGGGCCGCGCACACUGGCUGACGUGUAGUCUUGGGUUUCUUGAAUCCGCUCAACUAGGACUUUGGAGGAUGAUUCCUCAGGUCAAUGAAGGUUAAACUCUGAGCGAUCCAUGGUGAGAACCCAGAGACCAGGACUCUCGCUCCCCUUGCAGAAAGACAAGUGGUCUGUGCCAAAGACGAACCCAAUAAGUACUUACCCAGCACUUGCUGUCCGCGCAGCAUGGAACCCUGUGGGCAAGAAAAAGGAACAGUCUGUCCUGAAGGAACUUGCAGACUCGCGAUGAUUCAGCAGCCACCGAAAGGCCGUUCUAGACGCGGUCAAGCCAGGCACUGUGGACUGGGCAGGGCGGAGAAGCGGGGCGCCCCAGCUCAGAGGAUAACUGGCUGCACAUGGCCGCGUCCCCGCCUCGGUUUCCUCCCGGCAACACCAGGUUGUUGUGGGGAUUAAAGGAGGUAACAGGCACAGAAGUACUUUGACAAAUGAAAGGUGCUAUGUAAAUGUGAGGCAUUAUUAUGACCGCAGAAUGGGAAUAAAUUUAUUCUAAGGAGAAAGACAAGUUCAGCAAAAGGUCUGUAGAAGAGAAUCGGUAUUGAAGCCAGUGGUUGUGGAAAACACGCAUUAGUGUCUGACACAUACCAGGUGCUCCGUAUGUUAAGCUCCCUUCCACCAACAGUCCUUCCUGUCAAUUUGCACGCGUGCACGCGCGCGCGCACACACACACACACGCACACACACAAGCAUUUUCAGGAAAGGUCACCCCUUCCAUGGAGGCGGGAGAACACCCUCCCCAUCCCACCUCCAGCGGAUCAUUUACCUGAAGAAUCAACUGCAAAGGGGCCACGGCCUUGCCUCCUGUGGGCGGGGCCAGGUG